AUGCAUGGGUGGGCGUCAAACGAACCGCAAGUAGUGCAGGACGUGCGAGACGAGCAGAAAUUAAGUAAGAAUGAUCCGGCGAGCCUUUGCGAUACAAACGAGCGAGUCUUAGGCCUAUACUGGGAUAGGAAUGAAGAUACCUUAAGCUUCAACGUCGGUCUCAACAAAAUUCGAGCGGAUUUAGCGAAUGGAACUAAGCCGCCGACGAAGCGCGAAUUUUUUAGCGUCGCGAUGUCGGUUUACGACCCACUUGGUAUACUUGCCCCUUUCACCCUCCAAUCGAAACUUAUUAUGCAGGAUAUUUGGCGUAGUGGCAUAAAAUGGGACGGGCCGAUCCGCGAAAAAGAAUUUAAAAUUUGGCUCGUGUGGUUAAAAAAUUUAGCGGAAAUGAAAAAUGUUAAAAUACCGCGUUGCUUUCUUUUCUCUGACUUUGAUAACGUAAAAGUGCAGCUGCAUAUUUUUUGUGACGCGAGUUUAAAAGCUUACGCUACCGUAGCCUAUCUAAGAAUGGAGACGCGCGAUGGCCGAGUUCGUACCGCGCUAAUUAUGUCAAAAUCACGCGUCGCCCCAGUUAAACCGAUGUCAGUGCCCAGGUUAGAGUUACAGGCAGCCGUGCUUGAAACGAGAUUAGCCGCAAUGAUCGAGAAAGAGAUCGAAAUCACUAUUCAUGAACGCGUGUUUUGGACCGACUCCACGACAGUUCUCCAUUGGAUUCGCGCGGACCCUUCCCGAAAACAAAUGUUCGUUGCUAAUAGAUUGGGCGAGAUUGGCGAAGCGACGAAAGUUGCCGAAUGGCGCUGGGUCCCUACUAGUCUGAACCCAGCUGAUGACACGACGCGACCCUCGGAAGUACCGAUGCAUUCGGACGAUCGGUGGUUAGUAGGCCCAAUGUUCCUUCUCGAGAAGCCUGAGUCCUGGCCUCGUCCCAAAUCGCUAAACGAGUCGGAGAAACGGAAGAUCAACGAGUUAGAAGCGCGUAAGGAAUUUAUCGGAACGUUUCAAAUCGAUAUGCCAGACAAUUGGAAUACGUUAGAUGUUAGAUAUAGAGUGCUCGGGUGGGAUAGAAUUAGAGAGGUAGCAACGGUCGUGCGAAAAUAUUUUUAUAUUUGGCUCGACAAUGUACGGAAGCGACAGGGCGAAAAUACAACAGAUCGCGCAACGCGAUAUAGACGUCGACAUCGAGAGAAAUCAAAGUUGAAAAGGCCGAUAGGUCCGCCGGCGCACCGAAGAAUCGAGUCCGAGGAAGAUCGUCUGCGUGAGUCUGAAAAUGUUUGGUUUCGAGUUAUCCAAGCCUCACUCUUCUCGCAUGAAAUGGCCUUAUUGGAAAAAGGGAAAGAGCUCCCACGAGGGAGCAAAUUAAUUAGUUUAGAUCCAAUUGUUGACGAAAAAGGAUUACUGCGUGCUCGCGGACGCGUAGUACAAGUAUAG